CGCCGAGCCGCGCCGGCAGCAUGAGGAGCGGCGCCGCCGCCGCAGCCGCGGGACGGGCGGAGCAGGAAUAACAUGUGUGGAAGUACUUGCUGUUGUUGAUCACCUGCACCCAGCACAAGAGCUCCAGCUUAAUCAUUCUCCUCAAGCUCUGCUCUCAGAACAUGGGGGAAAACGAUGAUGAAAAAUACAAUCAAGCUGGCCAGAUUUUUGAAAAUUUUGUACAAGCAUCAACAUGCAAAGGCACCAUUCAGGCCUUCAAUAUUCUCACUCGCCAACUUGAAUUGGAUCCUUUGGACAAUAGAAACUUUUACACCAAACUGAAAUCGAGAGUGACCACAUGGAAGGCCAAAGCUUUGUGGAACAAGCUUGAUAAAAGAGCAAGUCACAAAGAGUAUAAACGUGGGAAGUCUUGUAUGAACACUAAGUGUUUAAUUAUUGGAGGUGGCCCCUGUGGCCUGCGGACUGCCAUAGAGCUUGCCUUCCUGGGAGCCAAGGUUGUGGUCGUGGAGAAGCGGGACACUUUCUCAAGGAACAAUGUGCUGCAUCUCUGGCCCUUCACCAUCCACGACCUCCGGGGACUGGGAGCAAAGAAAUUCUACGGGAAGUUCUGUGCAGGAUCUAUUGAUCACAUCAGUAUUCGACAGCUUCAGCUCAUCCUCUUCAAAGUUGCACUCAUCCUGGGAGUGGAAAUUCAUGUGAACCUGGAAUUUGUGAAAGUCCUGGAGCCUCCUGAGGAUCAAGAAAACCAAAAGACAGGUUGGAGGGCUGAGUUUCUCCCCAUGGACCACCCUUUGUCAGAGUAUGAAUUUGAUGUUAUCAUUGGUGCAGAUGGCCGCAGGAACACGUUAGAAGGCUUCAGGAGGAAGGAAUUUCGUGGAAAGCUGGCCAUUGCAAUCACUGCCAAUUUUAUAAACAGAAAUACAACUGCAGAAGCCAAGGUAGAAGAAAUUAGUGGGGUUGCUUUCAUCUUCAACCAGAAGUUCUUCCAGGACCUGAAAGAGGAAACGGGGAUUGACCUGGAGAAUAUUGUUUACUACAAAGACAGCACGCAUUAUUUUGUGAUGACAGCAAAAAAGCAGAGUCUUCUGGACAAAGGAGUGAUCAUUAACGACUCCAUUGACACUGAGCUGCUGCUCUGUGGGGAAAAUGUGAACCAGAGCAAUUUGCUGUCCUACGCCAGAGAAGCUGCUGACUUUGCAACCAACUACCAGCUGCCUUCCUUGGAUUUUGCAAUUAAUCACUAUGGGCAGCCAGAUGUGGCAAUGUUUGAUUUUACCUCCAUGUAUGCCUCUGAGAACGCUGCGCUGGUGAGAGAGAGGCACAGACAUCAGCUCCUGGUGGCCCUUGUUGGAGACAGCUUGCUUGAGCCCUUCUGGCCAAUGGGCACUGGCUGUGCCAGAGGGUUCCUGGCUGCCUUCGACACGGCGUGGAUGGUGAGGAGCUGGGCACAGGGCAAGCCCCCGCUGGAGAUCCUGGCUGAGCGAGAGAGCAUUUAUCGGCUCUUGCCUCAGACGACCCCUGAAAAUAUUAAUAAGAACUUUGACCAGUACACCAUCGACCCGGGAACCAGAUACCCGAACUUGAACUCCAGCUGUGUUCGGCCUCACCAGGUGAGGCAAUUAUAUGUUACCAAUGAGCUGCAGCAGUGUCCUCUUGAGAGGGUGAGCUCCAUCAGAAGAUCAGUGAACCUCAGAAGACAAGAGUCAGAUAUUCGGCCCAACAAGCUUUUGACGUGGUGCCAGAAGCAGACAGAGGGGUACAGGAACGUGAAUGUCACUGACCUGACCACCUCCUGGAAAAGUGGCCUUGCCCUGUGUGCCAUCAUCCAUCGCUUCAGGCCUGACCUCAUUGACUUCGAGGCUCUGAAGGAGGACGACGUGGUGAGGAACAACCAGCUGGCGUUCGACGUGGCCGAGCAGGAGUUCGGGAUCCCGCCGGUGACCACGGGCCAGGAGCUGGGCUCGGCUGGGGAGCCCGACAAGCUCAGCAUGGUGCUCUACCUGUCCAAGUUCUACGAGCUCUUCCGGGGCACCCCUCUGCGAGCUGUGGAUGCUGCUGAGAAGCAAAAUGGAGAAAAUAAUGAUCUUGGUUCAGCAAAAUCAUCGAAUUUCAUCUUUAAUAAUUAUAUCAAUUUAACUUUGCCAAGAAAACGAGUACCGAAGGCUGAAGGGAAAGCAGAGGAGAACGAGACCAACAAAAGGCGUCGGAAAGGGCUCUUUGGUGUCUUUGAGCAGACUGCAGGCUUUCCAAGCCAGGGGACAAACAAUGGGAAAGAACAGAGUGAUGGCAGAGAAGGACUGAACCAGAACAAAGUCAAAUCAAUGGCAACUCAGCUGCUGGCAAAGUUUGAAGAGAAUACUUCCAAUACAACUCUGCGAAGACAGGAGCUAACAGAUAGAGCAGCCCUGCUGUCCUCUGAGCCUCCUGUCAAUCCUCGCUUUGCUAAACCCAUGGAUCCAAGCCUUCUCCCACCUCAGCCAAAAAGGCAGUUUCAGGUGGUAGCUAGGAGUGAGCACGAGGUCAGGGAACCCCAACAGUCUUUAAAAGGUUCUGAUCAUAUGGCCAGGAGAGCAAAGACUGUGCCCAAAACAGACCCCCAGCCCAGUGUGUCAGAAACCUCUGAAAAUCUCGCAUCUGCCUGUUCUGCUGCAUUUGUACUUUCUGGAGUGCUUGAGCGUCUUCAGCACCUGGAGGAGAAAAUGAAACAGAAAAGAGCUCAGACCAUAGCAAAUAGGGAAUUCCAUAAAAAGAACAUUAAAGAGAAAGCAGCACAUCUUGCCUCAAUGUUUGGAUACGUGGAGUUUCCAAAGAAUAAGCUACCUACUAAAGGCUUAUCCCAUUCUCAGCCCCCAACUCCCUCUUGCCCUCCACCUCAUCAUUCAGCUGUUGCUGCUUCAUCAUCUGUUGGUUCAGCUUCCUCUGCUGUUUCUUCUCAACAGACAACUGUAGGAAAGGUCUCACGUGCCAUUGGAGCUGUGGCUGAAGUUCUUGUAAAUCUGUAUGUGAAUGAUCACAGGCCCAAGCCACAGCUUGAACUGAAGCGGUCUCUGGACAGAGCUGCAGGUUCUUGCCCCAAUCCUCACUCUCCAUCUGCUGCCUCCAGUGCUCAGAGAUGCCAGGGUUCUCUGCGAAAGGAAUUCCCCAAGUCCAUCGGGGGGAGUGACAUCUGUUACUUCUGCAAGAAGCGGGUGUACGUGAUGGAGCGGCUGAGCGCCGAGGGCCACUUCUUCCACAGGGAGUGCUUCAAGUGUGACAUCUGUUCCACCACGCUCCGCCUAGGAAUCUACGCCUUUGAUGUCGAGGAAGGUAAAUUUUACUGUAAACCUCAUUUUACGCACUGCAAAACCAGUACGAAGCACAGAAAGAGAAGGGCAACAAUACAAAUCCAUGGACAGGAGGCGCUAGAUGCGUGGAAGAAAGUGGAAGCCAAGGCCACAGAGAUCAGCACAGAAAGCACUUUGUCCACUGCUAGCAGCCCAGAGGACAGGUCCCCAGGCUGCUGGCUGCCCGUGGCUGACGAGCCCACAUCCCCCAAGAAGGCCAAGAGCACCGUGGAGCAGCAGGAGCUGGAGCGCUGGCUGUGCCCCGAGUGGGUCCCUGUCAGGGUGAUCCCUGAGGAGGAGAUGGCUGAGCACAACCUCCUGGCUGUCAGGGUCAUGGUGGCCAGUGAUGGCAGCAGCUCGGAGCUGGAGUCUGAUCCCAACGGGGACUCCUCCAGCUCGGAGGUGGGCGAGGGGCAGAGCUGGCUGCCCGAACCUUCCUCCUGCUCCAGCCCCAUCCAGAGGUGGGCACUGCUGGCCAGGAGCCCCGUGCUGCCCGAGGACAGUCCCACAACAUCCAAAGUGGCUGAUGCACUCCAGAGAGCCAACAGCUUCCAGUCCACAGCGUUAAAUAAGUACCAGAACUGGAGGAGGAAGAUCCAAACCAGCUUUCCUCUGCUGUCGAGCAGGAAGCCUGGGCUGCAGGGGAAGGACAGCCCAGCCAGCUGCCAGGCUGCUGCUGCUGCACAGGAGCACUCCCCAGCACAGUUGUCUUCUUACAAGAAGCCACCAGAAAUUCCAAGAGGACAUUUCAAGCCCUGCAGCCCGGUAUUUCAAAGGAAAGAGAAAGGCAGGGAGAUGCCUGAAGACACACACUGCUGUGUUCCCCACUGUGAGCUUCAGAGCAGCACCACAGGUCCUCCAGGGCCCCCUCUGGGGAAUGGGACACUGGCUGCUGAUUUCUGUGAGCCUGAAGACAGUGACAGUGGGACACACCCAGCCCGGGGCUGGAAGGGAGAAACAGGGAAAUGCAUCUCUGAACCAGAGCACUUCACCAGGAGGAGCAAAGCGCUGCCACCGCUGGGCUGGAAAGAGAAAGAUGGCAAAAGCAGCAGGCAGCCAGAAGGAAAGCUUGAGCAGGAGCUAAAGGAGGCAAAGCAGAGGCUGGGGCUGCGUGGCUGGAGCAGGACAGACAGACAGAAUGGGAAUGAUGGAGCCCUGCGUGCUCCAGGGGAAAAGGAUGCUGCCUGCAGAAAGGAGCUGCUCCAGCACUCUGCUGCUCCUGGGCCUCUCUCACUGGCAGCUGCUGCUCCACCAGCUUCACCUGUGGCUCUGAAGGUGCCAGAUGUGCUUUCCAGGGAGCAUGCAGCUGGCCAACCAAAAUCCCCACUGAGGAUCAUAGCCAGUGCUAUCAAAAGGUCCCUCUGGGAGCCCCUGGCCUCAGCUCCAGAAGCACUAAAGCAGGACUCAGACAGCAAAGUCAAAGGCUCUUCAGAGCACACCUUCUUCCGCUUCCCCAGCGCUCCUGGCUAUUCCCUGAGCCAAAGGAACAGGAACAACAAUAACACUCAGUCACAGGACCCUAAAGUAAGGGAGCAGACAGGAAAAGACAGAGGAGAUGGGAGCCCUGACUCAAACCUGUCUCAUCCUCCUGUGGGCUCUGAAGGGAUGUCUCUGAGGGAUCACAGGGAAGAGAUGUCCUUCACACCCUACAGGCCUUCCAAAACAGCCCAUCUACCUCAGAAACCAGCUUGCACUAGGAUGGAGGAAGUCCCAGGGCUCCUGGAAAAGUUCACCUUUGAAGACAGUCCUCUAGGGACUCCCGUGGAUGAAGUCUGUAUCCGUAAGAAAAAGUCCACUCUUCUUUCAUCUCCAGAGCCCAGGAACUCCCUCAAGGGCAAUCUGGAUGUCUCUGCACAAAAAGGGUCACUCUUCAAUAGAGUGAGAAGCAAAGCUCGUGAAAGGGAACAGAAUUCCUUGGUGUUACCUCUGCCUGUCAUUAAGGACCAUUCUCCAGAAAGGUUGUGUUAUCCUUUCACAGGAUAUGAACACCUACCUGCCAGAAAACAAGCUACUGGGUAUUCUACUUCAUCCUCCGAUGAGGAGUUUGAAUCCAAGCCUUCAUUAACACACAAGGCAAAAAGGGCUCUCAGAAAGAGAAGGAAACUGGAGAAGGAGACAAAGCAGUUGAUUAAACAAGAGGAGCUGAAGAGACUUCACAAAGCACAGGCAGUCCAGCGCCAGCUAGAAGAACUGGAGGAAAGACAAAGAGCCCUGGAGAUUUUUGGUGUCGAACUGGAGAGAGAACUGAGAGGAGAAGCAGAUUCAGGCACAAAGGAUGAAAAUCAGAUGCUGCACGAGUGGUUUGAGCUGGUCAUGGAGAAGAAUAAAUUGAUGCGUUAUGAGUCUGAGCUCCUGAUUAUAGCCCAAGAGCUGGAACUGGAGGACCACCAAAGCAGGCUGGAACAGAAGCUGAGGGAGAAAAUGGCCAUUGAUGACAGCCUCAAAGAUGAGAUGGAUCUGAAGGAGGAGGAUGAAAUUUUUACCGAGAUGAUGCAAGUGGUUGAAGAAAGGGACAGACUCGUUUGUGCCUUAGAGGAGCAGAGAGUGAAAGAAAGAGCAGAAGACCAGCACUUUGAAAGCCUUAUCCUAUCUACAGGUUAUCAGCUGAGCGGGAUUUAAACAGCCACAUGCAAACAAACAUCCUUGCAGCAGUGCUCCCUGUCACGGAGAUACAGUCUUCUGGAAAAUGAAGGAAUUCAAAUUUAAAAUCAGCUUAUUUGGGAAACACGUCAUUUUGUUAUCCAAAGCUUUAAAGCAGUUCUUUUGCUUGUGCCAGAGACAGUCAUUUCACUGUCAGCUCAAAGGAUCACUGGGAUACAGAUUGGGACUGAAUUUGCCUGUCUGAUGGGCACCAGGGUCUGUGAAAGGGAAAUCAGAACUCCAUUAUUCUCUUGGUGUUUUAUUUUAAUGCUGAGAGUAGAGUUUCUGAGGCACAUGGUGACAUCACUUAGUAUUUUUGAGACAGCCUUACUUUCCAUCUGUUUGUCUGAAUCUGUGUGGCUUUGUUAGUAUUUUGGCAUGUGGUCAACUGUAGAAAAGUCAGAAAACAAGCAUCUCAUAAAAAUAGGGUUAGUCUUUAUUUCUGGUGGAGGAAGAGUCAUUUGACUAAUGACUACAUAUAAGCACUUACUAAAACUACUGUAAAUGCAAUGUCAGAAAUUAAUUUUUCAGGCAUUUAUAAGUUUUAUUGCACUGUGUAUUUUUGAACAAGAAGUUAAAGCAAUAUUAAAUCCCUGCAUUUUGUAAAAUGGUAAGGGAUUAUCAAAGAGAUGACUAUCCUUACAGCUGUUACACGCUCAAAGAACUUUCUGUAUAUCAGAGAUUAAGGUCUUUAAGAUAAGAUAAAAGGUAAUUUGAAAACAGUAAUUCAAACCCAACUGAUAUUUAUAGGGCAGUACCAUGACAGACUUCACAUUUCUUCAUAAAAUACAUCACAAAUUGUAUUGUUGGGUGUGAUGAAUGGUAUGGCAGUAAAGACCUCCCCAAGAAUCAUCCCAUAAAAGGACUGCAAAAAAUGUUCAGUUUUUAAUAUCAACAUUGAUAGAAAAGAUUGUGAGUGUAUUUAAGUUACAUUUAUCUUGCUGCUUGAGAAUAUAUGCCUAUUUUUUGCUUAAAGGGACCAUCUCCUAUCUUUUUUGUACGUGCAUUUGUAGAUAUUGGCAGAACAGCAUGCAGAAAUUAUCCUAAUUUAAGUAACUUCUUAAAUCAGAGAUCAUUCUGCAGUUUAAGAUUGGUAGUAUUCCCAACUGUAUGUGUGAUGCACUGGAUUUUCAAACUGGAAAGACAAAGGGAAACUGAAAGACUGGGGGGUUUUUUUGUUUGUUUCUUUUUGGGUUUUUUUGUUCUUUUGGUUUUUUUAUAUCAUUUUACCUCGUGCUCUGGGAGGAUUUGAUGUUCUCAUUAUUUUGUGAAUGGUGCUAGUUUGCAGCAUCUGCGUAUGGUACAGCCAAAGAUAGAAGCAUUCCUGUUGAAAAAGCUUUAAACUGGAAAACCUCUUGGUGAGUACUAAAACAAAGUCACAGACACACUGGAUCCUGUCACAAUAAUUUAUGAGUUAUCUUCAGGGUUUUUUUUUGUUUUUGAUUUUUUUUCUGUAUUGCAAGAAAUUUGAAAUACCCUUUCUAAAGGUAAAAGCAAGUUUUUGCUAUUGGCCACGGAUGAAUAAUAUACCUCUGUUGGUGCAAGCUUUAUACUAUUCUCUGCAAUAUUUAUUUAUAUUUAUUUAUUAGACUGCUUAGAGAGGGUAAGAAUGUCUGGUUACCUGUUACAUUUUGGAUGUUGUCUCUGAUUUUGAUUGAAAAAAUGUGUAUUUCUAACAACUGUGUGUAGCAAAGCUGUGCACUGUAGAGUAGACAGCUUUACAGAUUUGGUAAAUAAUUAGCAGUAAAAUAUUAAUUAAGAUUUUAAACAACGUUCUCAUCCACCAUAACUUGAGGGAUGCCCUUAAAACACAGCCUUCAGGGCUUUAACAUACAAUUUGUCUUUCAUCACAGUGAAAAGACACAGAAGAAUCAUAAAAUGUGUUCCAAAAUAACCACCAGACUGUUUUUUCCCCUUCUCAUUCACUGGCUAAGCAUACCUGAUCUUCAGAUGACAUUUUUACUGAGAUGGAUUGCAGUGAUUGAUUUUUUAAACCAACUCUAUUACUUAAGACUGACAUAAAGUAGGAGAGGCAGAACAGCAAUAAAUAUUUUAAUUUUCUCUGUUGAGAACUGCUGGUAUUUCCAGUUUUGCAGGGAGAAUUCCUGGGGUUUAUCACUGUCCCCAAUCCUGCCUCAUGCAGUCCUGUAGAAAAAGUCUAGGAAAUGUCAUAAUUUUCUGUGAGAUUCAUAAUGGUUUCAAAGUAUUUUUAACAAGUUUGAAAGCAAAAUUGUUAGAGCUUUGCACAGGAGGAGAAUUCUGCAGAAAUCUCCAGUUAUAUCAAGGAUUGUUUUUUUCACCUUACUUGUACAAUUAAGAAGUCCAUUCACAUUAGUGUUGCUGUGGCAAAUAAACCCUGAGAUUUCUGUUUAUAGCUCCAUGUUCAGCUAUAAAACCAAACUCCAAAGGGUGCCUUCCCUUUAGCUGCAUUCUUGAGAGUAUCAGAGUCCACAGAAGCUGAGUGCCAUCCAAAAAUAUUCUCUGCUAAAGAAAUACUUUUCUGGAUGCCCUGUGGUUGUUACACAUGCUCCACCCAAAACUGCCUGCUCUUGGGUGGAAAAACCUGUCAGGCUACAGCUGCCCUGCCUGACAUCAAGUACCUCACAAGAUUAGAUCAAAAAAUAAACCAUGCAAGUGAUUUAGAAAAUCAUAAACUCCUAAGUCAUUUAAAGCAGGUCAUGGAUAUUGUGAGAGUAAAGAAGGGAGUUAAAAAGGGAGAAGCUAUGCACUGUUCACAGGUCAAUUCCAUAUGGUUGGCUUGUACUAGAAAUGUAUUUAAGCACUGGUUUGGUUAUGAGUUUUCUUGCUGCUCAAUCUUUUCUGUAACUUGGCUCACUAAUUUAUAAUAGAUUUGUUCAUUUUUAAGUUCAUGGCACUGUCAUUUUGGGGUACAAUGUGUUGUGCUGGAAUGUACUGAGUGUGUUUAA